AAUCAACAAUCACUGCUGUCGCACAGCAUCAUUGGCUCCCUAAUUGCUCGCGGAGCUCUGCUUGCACCAUGUCGACAAUGAAUGAGGAUACAGAUGCCAUGGAAACCGACGCGCGAGCUCCCACACAGCCCUUAGAAGACCAAGCACCUACAGCAUCGCAACAAACAUACCGCCAAAUCGCGGCCUCCCACAUCGAAGCCCUCAACAAGCUGAACAGCAACUUGCCCGACAUCCUCGCCCUGAUCGCAGCCGCACUCUCCCAACUCACCAACAACCCCAUUCAAUCCGAGCCACGAGAAGACUCGCCCCGGGCGCGCCAAGACGAUACUGUCGCUUUCAGCAGUGCGAUUAGAUCGUUGAUGCAAGGUUUUCGAGAAGCCCUUAUUGAGCAAAUCAAUGAUUUGGAACGUUAUGAGGUUAUUCCUGCGACUAUGCCUAAGUUCACGGCUCUGCCGAGCGCAGUACCGGGUUUGGGAGCGCAACAGCAGCAGCAACAGGCACCAAUGAAGCAGGAUCCUGAUGCUGGUGUCAAGAACGGAGGGUAUGGAACCUUUGAUGUAGGCGUGCUGAACGCGAAUGUCUCGUCUGGGCAGGUGGGAGGGGAGGAUACACUGGAUAGGGUGAAGGCGGUAUUGGGUGAGCUAUUGGAGAGGAAUGGGCAGAAAACCAAUGGAGAGGAGAUGACAAUUGAUGGGUGAGGCGUAGAGGAACCAGGUACACCGACCACACACAAACAAAGUUCAGCUGCCACACGCUGGAGGUACCAGGCGUCUAAAAGGAACUCCUGGAGGUCUUCCUAGACUCCACCAUGUGCAGCGACAUGCACCGAAUGGCUUCGAGCUGUUGAGCCCAAACGAAGGAUCGUUGCAGGCAACCAGCGAUAACACCAGCCAUGAAUGGCCUCAAAGCCAUCAGGAGAGGCCCGGGGGAUUAGGUUAGAAGCUUAUGUGGGCCUGCUGUUUUCCGUUUCGUCCAUCAGAUGGAGACAAGAGCUACAUAC